GUAAGUUGUCUGAGAAAACUCCGAACUAGUCCAAUAUAUCUCAAGGCCCCAAACCAGUUGAAGAAAUUGAACAUUUUCUUCCAUCUUCUCCUCUCCCUUUACUUUUGCCGCACGUAGUCGGCCAUUUUCAGUUCCCCCACCUUACUUCCGAGACGCUCAAGAAUGCUCCUCCUAUCUCCGGCGUCUACUCGACUAGCACUCUUAAAACGGCCUGGUUCCAAUGUCACAAGCAGGGGAACCCGCAUCGUGGUCCCAUCAGUCAGGGUACGCGCCAUGGCAAAGGAGACUAGCGAACCCGAGAUUGGCAUUCUCGAGAAGGUGGCUAUAGGAGGCGGCCUAAUCUCCACCCCUGUGAUCGCGUGGUCCCUCUACACCCUCAAGGUGACGGGCUGCGGGCUGCCACCGGGCCCGGGUGGGUCCCUUGGGGCCCUUGAGGGAGUGAGCUACCUCGUAGUGGUGGGGAUCGUGGGCUGGUCCAUCUACACAAAGUCGAGGACAGGGUCUGGCCUCCCGAAUGGGCCCUUCGGGCUGCUCGGGGCCGUGGAAGGGCUGUCGUACUUGUGCUUGCUGGCCAUCCUGGUUGUGUUCGGGUUGCAAUUCUUCGAGAAGGGCUACAUCCCUGGGCCUCUUCCCGCCGACCAGUGCUUCGGCUGAGAUCUCUCUCUUUGAUUUCCAAAAAUGUGUAGAUAAUGUGGCACAUAAGAGCCACAAGAUUUCUAUCUGACCUAUGCGUUUGUUUUGUGGUUUCUGUUUAUUCAGGGAUGUGCUGUGGGGUUGUAUUUGUCCGGUGACUGGUUAUAAUGUUGUGAUAAAGAAGGUGAAUCAACUUAUUUGAUGUGGGAUUCGUAUGAUAAAAAGUUGAUCCCACAAUCAAAGAGGGUGUAGUACAGUGAUGCACAUCUUCGUCUGGUAAUCAAGUGAUUUCAGUUUUGAUAUUCGUGGGACUA